AUGGCGCUAAGUCGCCUGUUUCAAAUCGAACGGCGUUUCAAGAAAGACUCCAGUUACGCCAAACGGUACGGUGACGUCAUCCAAGAAUACAUGAGAUUUGGCCAUGCUCGUCUCUUAUCAACAGAAGAAGUUAUGCGGAGGACACCGAAGACAAACUACAUGCCUCAUCAUGGUGUUCAAAGUGUGACGAAUUUGACAACAAAGACACAAGUGGUUUUCGACUGUUCAGCAGAGUGUGAAGGUACUUCCUUGAACAAAAUUCUUCUUCGCGGUCCCAACUACCUCCUAAACCUACUCGGAAUAAUCUUGCGCUUCCGCAAACACCAAAUUCCCAUUAGUAGUGACAUCGAAAAAAUGUAUGAUCAGGUUAUGGUUCCAGAAGAGGAUCAAGAUGCCUUUCGAUUUUUGUACCAGUCGCUUAACAGCACGACACCCCCGCUCACCUACAGGAUGACAGUCCAUGUCUUUGGAGCCGUCUCGUCGCCAUCAACUUGUUUGUUUGCCCUAAACAAAACAGCCAAAGACAACAACGCGAAAUUUCCAGACGCAGCAGCCAGCGUAAGAACAAGCUUCUACGUCGACAACUAUCUGGAUUCGUUCAAGUCGGAAGACGAGGCAAUCAAACGGGCCCGCCAGCUAAAAGAACUGUUGCAGCUGGGGGGUUUUAAUCUCACUAAGUGGUCGUCGUCGUCAAGAAAGGUCCUAGCAGCGCUCAAACCCUUAGGCUUGGCCAAUCAAAAAUUGGAUUUAGACUUGGACAAAUUGCCUAUGGAUCAAGCCCUAGGGAUUCUUUGGGACAGUGAAAUCGACACGUUCACUUUCAACGUGGGAGAAAAGGUCCAGUUAUACGCCACACCUACGAAAAGAAAUCUCGUAAGUGUGGUGGCUACAGUAUACGAUCCGCUUGGAUUCGUUGCUCCAAUGGUGUUCGCCAUGAAGAUGCUGAUGCAAGAGUUUUCGAACCUAGCACGCAUCACAAUUCCGCGAUGCUUAGUAAAAGAAGAGCGCCCAACAACUCAGCAAGUGCACAUCUUUGCCGACGCCAGUCAACUAGGGUUUGGAGCAGUCGCAUAUGUGCGAACAACUUACGCGAGUGAAAGGGUCGGAAUAUCUUUCAUCAUGGCCAAAACGCACGUCGCGCCGUUAAAACAGCUUUCGAUUCCUCGGCUCGAACUUCAAGGAGCCGUCGAAGCUUUACACCUGGCCAUAAUAAUUUGCCGUGAGAUGAACCUGGAUCUGAGCCAAAUCACGUUUCACGUCGACUCCCAAACAGUUCUUAGAUGGAUCCAUUCUGCCAAUGUCAAAUACGAAGUGUUUGUGGGAAAUAGAAUUGGAAAGAUUCUAAUGAACACCGACUGUCGACAAUGGCGCCACGUCCCAGGAGUUAUGAAUCCAGCAGACGUGUGCAGUAGAGGAUUGGAUCCCGACAACCUCAAGGAAUUGCAGCAGUUCUAUCAAGGGCCAGCCUUUCUGUUGUUGGAACCUCCAUUAUGGCCAAAGUGGGAUCAGAUCGAAAAAAACGACCAUCAAGAUCUCGAAGCCAUUCACGUCUACACAAUGAAAACGGAGCCCAGUGAUAACGUGAUUGACCAGUGCGUAGAAUAUUAUUCAAACAAAGUGCGCCUGGAGCGAGUGCUUGCGUGGUGUUUGCGUUUCAUUUUAAACUGUUGUGCCAAAGUCAAGAAAUGA